AUGUCUCGGUACGCAGAAGCACACAAGAAAACCGCCGGUCCUGGCGAUGCUCGACCAACAGCUCUACAGAUCGUUGAGGAUGAAGGACUGGUUGGGAAGUUGACUGACAAAGUCUUCGUCGUUACUGGUGUAUCAAGCGGCAUUGGUAUCGAGACGAUGAGGGCUCUUUAUGCUACUGGUGGCCAUGUCUUUGGUACUGUGAGAGAUGCUGCGAAAGGUCAGAAAGUCGUCGAUGAGAUCAAGGCCAACACCAAAGGUGGCAAGAUCACACUCGUGAACAUGGAGAUAGACAGCUUGGCGUCGAUCAAGAAGGGAGCCGAGGAUAUUCUGUCUCAGACGAAGACUAUCAAUGUUCUGAUCGACAAUGCUGGUGUUAUGGCGACUCCAGAGGGCCGGACGAAGGAUGGCUUUGAGACUCAAUUUGGCACGAAUCACAUCGUCCACUUCUACCUCUUCCAACUCCUCAAAGACACCCUCCUCUCCUCCGCCACACCCUCCUUUCCCUCCCGCGUCGUCUCAGUCUCCAGCUUCGGCCACCGCAACAGCGAAGUCCGCUUCGACGACUACAACUUCGACCAACCCAACUCCUACAACCCCUGGCUCUCCUACGGCCAAGCCAAGACCGCCAACAUCUACUUCUCCAACGAGAUCGAGCGCCGCUACGGCGGCAAGAACCUCCACAGCACGAGUCUCCACCCCGGCGGCAUUUCGACGGGAUUACAGGUGCAUGUCGAUGCAGAAGCCGCGGCUGGCUGGAAUACACCGGAGGUUCAGGCGUAUAUGAAGAGUCCGGAGCAGGGGGCGGCGACGAGUGUGUAUGCGGCGCUGGGUGAGGAGUGGAAGAGUAAGGGUGGGAGGUAUUUGAAUAAUUGUGUGGAGGAGAAGCCGUUUGCUCAUCCCGGGAAUCCGAUGUUUGUGAGUGAUGAUGGGUAUGAGACGUGGGCCUAUGAUGAGGCGAAGGCGGGGAGGUUGUGGAAGGAUUCGUUGAGGUUGGUGGGGCUGGGGGAUGAUCAGUAG